AUGGCUGUGACGCAUGCUCGUCGUAAUGGCAAAUCCUCCAGGCAUUCAGUUGAGCGGGGCAGGACGCUGAAACGGAAACGGGAGCAGGAGGACCUGUCUACUCUCGCGCAGAAGGUCGAUGAACUCAACCUCAAGGACACCUUCGAGUCUUUCUCCGAUCUGCCUUUGUCGGAACCUACCGCAUCGGGACUUUCUGCGUCUCACUACAAGACCCUGACUGACAUCCAAUCCCGCGCCAUUCCUCAUGCCCUUAAGGGUAGAGAUAUCCUUGGAGCCGCCAAGACCGGCAGCGGUAAGACGCUGGGCUUCCUCAUUCCCGUUCUCGAGAACCUAUAUCGCAAGCGAUGGACCGAGUACGACGGACUUGGCGCUCUAAUCCUGUCCCCGACCCGUGAACUCGCCAUCCAGAUUUUUGAAGUCCUGCGGAAAGUAGGCCGGUACCAUACCUUCUCCGCUGGUCUCGUUAUCGGCGGAAAGAGUCUGCGGGAGGAGCAGGAGCGGUUGGGACGGAUGAAUAUCUUGGUUUGUACGCCCGGUCGCAUGCUGCAGCAUCUGGAUCAGACAGCAGCAUUCGACACAUACAACUUGCAGAUGUUGGUGUUAGACGAGGCGGAUCGCAUCAUGGACAUGGGAUUUCAGCGCACCGUGGACGCCAUCAUCGACCAUCUUCCCAAGGAGCGGCAGACGAUGCUCUUCAGCGCCACUCAGACGAAGAAGGUGUCCGAUCUGGCGCGUCUCAGUCUCCAGGACCCCGAAUACGUUGCGGUGCAUGAGGCUGCAUCUUCAGCAACCCCCUCGACCCUUCAACAGCACUACGUCGUCACCCUACUCCCACAGAAGCUUGACGUACUGUGGAGUUUUAUCCGAAGUAACCUCAAGGCCAAGACGGUGGUAUUUGUAUCUUCUGGGAAGCAAGUGCGGUUUAUCUACGAGUCCUUCCGGCAUCUCCAGCCUGGUAUUCCUCUGAUGCAUCUGCACGGCAGGCAGAAGCAGGGAGGCCGACUCGACAUCACGACCCGAUUCUCUCAAGCCAAGCACGCGGUCCUUUUUUCCACUGAUGUCGCUGCCCGUGGCUUGGACUUCCCUGCCGUCGACUGGGUCAUCCAGUUGGAUUGCCCGGAGGACGCGGACACGUAUAUCCAUCGAGUUGGGCGGACCGCACGUUAUGAACGGGAUGGCCGAGCGGUUUUGUUCCUCGAUCCUAGUGAGGAACAAGGCAUGCUGAAGCGCCUGGAGCAGAAAAAGGUACCGAUCGAAAAGAUCAACAUCAAGGCCAACAAACAGCAGAGCAUCAAGGAUCAGUUGCAGAACAUGUGCUUCAAGGAUCCCGAGUUGAAAUACCUUGGGCAGAAGGCCUUUAUUUCAUACGUCAAGUCUAUCUACGUGCAGAAGGAUAAGGAGGUGUUCAAUCUGAAAUCGCUGCCGCUAGAAGACUUCGCAGCAAGUUUGGGUUUACCGGGUGCACCUCGUAUCAAGUUCAUCAAAGGUGACGAUACGAAGGAGCGCAAGAAUGCCCCCAGAGCGCUGUCUCGCCUGACCAGCGACGACGAGUCUGAUGACGAGAAGGAUGGGAAGACGAAGGGGAAGAAGGAUGGGGAGGUGCGGACCAAGUAUGACCGAAUGUUCGAGAGACGGAACCAGGAUGUGUUGGCCGAUCACUACUCGAAACUCAUCAACGAUGAUGGAACGAUGGUUGCUCAGGGCACUAAUGGUGCUACGGACGAUGCUGACGAGGACGACUUCCUCUCCGUCAAACGUCGUUACGAGGCGGGUGACAAAGACCUGGAUAUGGGGGCAGGAUCCUCGUCGGAUGAGGAGGAUAGCUAUGACGAUGGUGGUGACAAGGAUGAUAGCGCGGAGAAGAAAGACAGAAAUAUCAAGAAGGUACAACUGGACGGCAAUGAAACCCUGGUAAUCGACUCGAAACGGCGGGAGAAGCUGCUCAAGUCGAAGAAGAAAUUACUCAAAUACAAAGGCAAAGGCAAGAAGCUCGUCUACGACGAAGAAGGAAACCCACACGAGGUGUACGAAAUGGAGGACGAAGAGGUAUUCAAGGCUCGCGGCGACGUGGACGAGCAGCGAGCCAAGUUCCUGGCCCAGGAGGCGGAACGCACGCGGCAAGCGGACUUGGAAGACAAGGAACUUGCCAAACAGAAACGCCGAGAGAAGAAGGAGAAGCGCAAGGCUCGCGAGAGGGAGCUUGCGGAGGAUGGCGAGGAACGUGGAGUACAGCUGGCUCCGUACGAGGGGGAGGAUGGAGGCGCAUUGGACGAUGGCUUUUCACCGUCGCAGUCAGAGGAGGAUGCUCCACGUCCAAGCAAGAAGAAACCAGCCGUGUCCUUUGCCGAUGCGGACGAGGAACGACGCCCGAAGAAGAAAAGCAAGACGCAGGGCGGCGAUAUGGGAUCGAAUCCGAUCGAGACGUUGGAGGAUCUGGAGGCGCUUGCGAGUGGGCUGCUGGGAUAG